GUGUCGUCAUUUCCUCUUUCCGGCUCGUACUGUUUCCGGAAGAAGCAGAAGAGAAACAGUGCAAAAAUCCGUAGCUCCUGUGUGAUAGUUUCUAAAAAAAGGCAGAACAGACAUUUCUCCAGUGGACUGAGCAGCAGAGACCAGACCUGUCAACAUGUUUUCCUUCCAGGUCUUCGACCACCCGAUGUCCCGGGGCUUCCAGAACCGCUUCUCCACUCAGUACCGCUGCUACUCGGUGUCCAUGCUGGCGGGACCCAACGACCGCUCCGACGUGGAGAAAGGAGGCAAAAUUAUAAUGCCACCGUCAGCUCUUGACCAGCUCAGCCGGCUUAACAUCACGUAUCCAAUGUUGUUCAAGCUGACCAACAAGAACUCGGACAGAAUGACACACUGUGGUGUUCUGGAGUUUGUGGCAGACGAGGGAAUCUGUUAUCUGCCACACUGGAUGAUGCAGAAUCUCCUGCUGGAGGAAGGAGGAUUGGUGCAAGUGGAAAGCGUGAACCUCAUGGUGGCCACCUACUCAAAGUUCCAGCCACAGAGUCCCGACUUCCUUGAUAUUACGAACCCAAAGGCAGUACUGGAGAAUGCUUUGAGAAACUUUGCCUGCUUGACAACUGGUGACGUCAUAGCUAUCAACUACAAUGAAAAGAUAUAUGAGCUGCGAGUAAUGGAGACCAAGCCAGAUAAAGCAGUUUCCAUCAUUGAGUGCGAUAUGAACGUGGAUUUCGAUGCUCCAUUGGGUUACAAAGAGCCUGAACGACGACCUCAGCACCAGGAGGAACCAACAGAGGAGGAACCAGAUCCCAGCAGUUAUGCAGACAUGGACAUGGGAUUCAGAGCUUUCACGGGUUCUGGUAAUCGUUUGGAUGGUAAAUUAAAGGGAAUCGAGCCCAGUCCCGUUCCUCUCGCUCCAAGUGACAUUAAAAGAGGGAUUCCCAACUACGAAUUCAAAGUCGGCAAAAUCACCUUCAUCAGAAACUCAAGGCCUCAGCCCAGGAGAUUUAUAGAUGAUGAUGAUGCAUUGAACAGAUUCAUCGCCUUCUCGGGCGAAGGACAGUCACUACGCAAGAAGGGCAGAAAGCCUUAAAGAAAGUGGAGAGCUGGGUUAGAAUGAUCAUAUGUAUUAUCACCUUUAACAGUAAAAAUAACUGGUCUUCAGACGCAUUGGCGUAAUAUCAGAUUGAUUUCAUAUAUAUCAGGUUGAUUUUUUUUUCCCACUUCAUAAUUGUUUCAAUUGUAAAGCUCAAUUUGAAUAUGAUAAAUGGAAAUUUGGAGCAAUAAUAGCUCUAGACUUGCAUUGUAAUUAUACAAAAGGGGAUGUUUGAUUAUUUUCACCCUGAGUUAUAGGGAUACAUUACAAGUUGUUUCCUAUUUUUCCUGGUUUAUUUAUAGACAAAAUGAAUAAAGGAUUGUGUUUUGCAGUUAA